UGCCACACCCGUCUACGUAGCUCGGUUCAUGAAUAUUCGUAUAUCUCGCGCUUUUGUGCAAGCGAACGCGUAAAGACGUAUACGUGUGAACGCAGCGAGACUAUCUUGAAAUCAUACAUGUGGAUAAGCGUUGGCAACAGCGAUGUUAAAUGGCGAUGAAAACACGAAGCAUAAAACGCCUAACGAGUAAUUUGCGUGUUCAUUCAGCUUUGUCCACUCGAGUUUUGGCAUAUUCCUCAUAGUGGGUAUGAGCCUCUAUUUGAGAGGACAACAACAAAAUUUAGAGCAAUCGGUGCUUUGUAAUGUGACUGCUUGAUUGAGCCGCUUGCGUAAUACCUGGUAAUACGCCGCGCGCACAGGUAAUCGCGAGUAAUCGUGUGUGACCGUCGUCACCCUUCAGGCCCUGCUCGUAGUGACUGGACAUACCUCGGUGACGGACGCGAUGGCUCUGGGCAGAACGUUAGCCACCCUGCUCAAGCAAGCCGGUUGUCAGAGGAUGACAGGGACUUCUGUCUGCUUUGUGCGCAGUAUCAUAACUUAUAAAGAGCCACUCCGCCCGAAGGCAAUGUCAGAAGUGAUGGAAGCUCUCAAAAGCUACGUGGGAUAUGUAGGUGACAUAACAAGUGCCCACACGAAGCUUCCGAAAUCCCAAGAUGAACUGCCAGUACGCAGCAUGGUGGACAGCUAUGACGAGUGCAUCAUACCACUGGCCAGCUCUUCGACCAUGCAGAAAAGACACACCUCUGGCCAAGGCUUUGUUCGUUUUGGCCGUAUUCUUGAGGACAUGGAUGAGUUUGCAGUGUGGCUGUCAUACCGGUACGUACAGUACCCAGGCCUGAGCUUCGGCGUACCCAUGCCAGUGAACAUGGUGACCGCUCUAGUGGACAGCAUACACAGUGAGGACAUGGAAAUUCGACCGCAGCAUGACCUCAAGCUUUGUGGUCACAUUUCUUGGGUUGGCAGGACAUCCAUGGAGGUCACUAUGGAGUUGCUUCAAAUUCUGGUCCCGCAACAACCGGCCAGACAUUUGCUUACUGCGAAGUUUGUGAUGGUCGCUAUGGAAGCUAAUGCCUCCAAAACUGUUCCAGUAAAUAAGCUUGUACCGAAAAACGAAGAAGAGCAAGCUAUUUUUGAUGAAGGAGCAGCCAGUGUUGCACGAAGAAAGAAAUUCCAGGAAAGUGGCAUUUUAAGACAACCACCAACACAAGAAGAGAGGGAUCUCCUUCACAAGCUUUUUCUGGAAGACUUUGAUCCAGAGACAUAUAUCUUGAAAUCUGAUGAGUGUCCCGCUGGUGCCAUUUGGAUGCAGGAUGCAAAGCUGACCAACGUGGUCAUUUGUCAGCCCGAGUUUGAGAAUCUCUACAACAAGGUGUUUGGUGGCUUUCUCAUGAGAAACGCUUACGAACUCGCAUGGGCAACAACUUACAUCCUCAGCGGACGUCGCCCUAAGACGUACCACACAGAUGACAUCUGGUUCAGGAGACCAGUGGAGUUGGGCUCUCUACUCCAUUACGAAUCACAGGUUGUGUACACCCAGGACCACUUUGUCCAAGUGAAUGUGAAUGCAACAGUGAUCAAACCUGACGUAGGCACGAAAGAAAUAACAAAUGUUUUCCACUUUACUUUCUCCCUUGAUGGAGAUCAUCCGGCUCCCAGAGUGAUCCCCAGGUCUUACCCUGAAAGUAUGCUGUACAUUGAAGGAAAACGGUACCUGGAUCAUGCCUUGUCAAAGCGAAAGCCUGCAUCAAGCCACAGUCACAGUCACAGCAAAAUCCACCGCACAAGCCAUGGCUCAACCCACGAGUCAAAAACCAGAAGCCAUGAUGAAUCAAAAACCAAGGGAGCAUGAGUUCAGCAACAGUAGAGCAUUGUGCAAAACCACGACCACUGAACUGGAUGCUCGACUUGAGGUUGUGAAGAUGCAUUUUAUGGCAGCCAGACAAACCCGUGGCCGAAGAAAGUUGAGCCUUUACAAUGCUGUAUACGUAAAACAACAGUCUGUAUGCCACCCAUGCAACUAACAAGGAAAAAGGGCUUUGUUUAUUACGUUUGUACUUAUCUCAUUAUUGCAGAGUCUUUGGUGUCCAUAUUUACAGACUUUUUAAUGUUGGCCAAUACAUGUGCAUUUAGCUUUUACUUGCAAGGUUUUAAACUUUCACAAUAUGCUACCGCGCUUCAAAGUUGUCAUUUUUUUGUUUUUACAUUGCUGUUACGUAAAUGUAUUCAUAUACAAUGUAUAUUAAAGAACUAAUUUUACCCGAGA